AUGGCCGAUGCUCCUCGACUGGCCUCAGACCCCGGCCUUCAGCUGUGCCCUGAAUUCGCUGACCCCGAGUAUGGCAUCUUGCGGCAGGGUUUGGUCGCGGCGGGCCAGGUCGCCUCAGAUGCCGCUGCGACUGAGCACCUGAUCGCCAUCUGGUCUGCCCACAAUGCUGCCAAGAGGGCCCUCUGGGCUGCCCAAGUCGAGGGCGACCGCCUCGCCGACGCCGACCGUCUUUUGCUCGAGGCAGAGGCCCGUCAGCACGCCGACGAUGCCGCUGCCGAGGAGGCCCUUCUCGCCCGAGAGAAGAGGCGCCCGCAGCUGGGCACGCUCCACUUCGAUCGUGACGCGCCUUCCUUUUUGGACCAGCGCCCGUCCGCUUACGCGCUCCACAAGCUCGCGAAGGGUGAGUACGUUGAACUCUGGUAUUUUACUGUCGAGGGCUGCGCCACGGCCGGGAACGACCGCUCCACGGCGGAGGAAGCCUAUGGCAUUACCCGGACUGAUGACACUCUCGCGCUGCGACCGCUCGCCGCGCACCGUGCGUCUCGGCAGGCCGUCCCCGACGAGAAGCUCACCUGGGACCAGUUCUGCGCUGGGAACAGCGAGCUCCAGCUAGCUGUCGAGGCGGCGGACUGGCCCGCCGCGCACGUCGCCAUGCUUGAGGCGUUCUUCUACACGCUAUCUCGGCACCCUUUCACGAGGCGGCCUCGUGGUAAGGACGCGCUGUUGCUGUACCAGGCCCGUCUGCGUCGCCACUGGCACACGCGCCUUGCUCAGGAUGAGGGCUACAACCUCAGCAACAUCAAGGAGGACCUUCUCAACGAGAUGCUGCAGGAGAUUGCAAGCAUUGCCCAUGAGGACCGCAUUAGUCGGCUUGAUCGCUUUCUUGCGGCGAGUGAGGAACACGAUCGGGCACGCCGUGUCUCUUACCGUGCUCCCCCCGUGCGUGAGCGCCGCUCCGCUACACCUCCCGCGCGCCGUGCGACGGAGCCGCGGGCUCGCCCGGCUCGCGAUUACGCGCCGUCGCGCUCUUCUGCCCGCGAGUCGGGUUUUUCGAAGGGCGCAGGAGCUUCCGGCCGAGCCACCUGCGCCAUCUGUCUCGGGCCCCAUCUGUUUGGCGACAUCGCGAAGUGCCGCUCAUCCACGCUCUGGAGCGGUGGCCCCGCGCGCUCUUCUCGCAAUGCCGCGGGGCGCAUUGUCAGCCCCGAUGGUGCUGUCCUCUGCACGGACUUCCAGCGCUUCUCCGGGUGUGCGAACACCUCUCGCGCACAUCUCCACGAGUGCUCCGGGUGUGGAAAGCCCGACCAUGGUGCUGCGAAGUGCUCUCUUGCGCAGAGAGCUUGA